UCUUCUUUGCACAGAAGUCGCGCUCGGGCAACCCGCGCGCUCGCAGCAGGAACCAGGCUCCAGGCGCUGGCGCCGGGGCCGCGGGGAGGAGGCGACUUCGCUCCCUGCGGCGGGCGCGGCCCGAGCGCCCGAGCCUCCUGGGCCCCGAAAGCGGGCGGCGGCGGCGGCGGCCUCCCCGGCGCGCCAUUAGGCAAUACUGACUGCUCCACAGCUUGCAGAGGUCGCCUGGCAGCUGUCCUUCAGAAUUCUGUCCGGGCCUGAUUGGAAAACUGGAGAAAAGGCCCCGCGAUUGAUGAGUUUGUCUUGGGAGUCAGUGGCGAAGUGAAACGGACGGCAAACAUGGGUCAGAAGGUCACCGGUGGGAUCAAGACUGUGGACAUGAGGGACCCCACGUACCGGCCCUUGAAGCAGGAGCUCCAAGGUCUGGACUAUUGCAAGCCCACCCGUCUGGACCUGCUGCUGGACAUGCCCCCCGUGUCCUAUGACGUCCAGCUGCUCCAUUCCUGGAACAACAAUGACCGCUCGCUCAAUGUCUUUGUGAAGGAGGAUGACAAGCUGAUCUUUCACCGGCAUCCGGUGGCCCAGAGCACAGAUGCCAUCAGGGGCAAGGUCGGGUACACACGCGGGCUGCAUGUGUGGCAGAUCACGUGGGCCAUGAGACAGCGGGGCACACACGCCGUGGUGGGGGUGGCGACAGCAGACGCCCCCCUGCACUCCGUUGGGUACACGACCCUCGUGGGGAAUAACCACGAGUCCUGGGGCUGGGACUUGGGGCGCAACCGGCUCUACCAUGAUGGCAAAAAUCAGCCAAGCAAAACAUACCCGGCCUUCCUAGAGCCAGAUGAGACAUUCAUUGUCCCCGACUCCUUCCUGGUAGCCCUGGACAUGGACGACGGGACCCUGAGCUUCAUUGUGGACGGACAGUACAUGGGAGUGGCUUUUCGGGGACUCAAGGGCAAAAAACUCUAUCCUGUAGUGAGUGCCGUCUGGGGCCACUGUGAGAUCCGCAUGCGCUACUUGAACGGACUCGACCCGGAGCCGCUGCCGCUCAUGGAUCUCUGCCGCCGCUCGGUGCGCCUGGCCCUGGGGAAGGAGCGUCUGGGCGAGAUCCAUGCGCUGCCGCUGCCCGCCUCCCUCAAGGCCUACCUCCUCUACCAGUGACCCUCCGCCCCAGGACGCCAGCACGACAGCCACCGGGGCCAGCUCACCGAGCCGCCGCCGCCGCGCCCUGGGCCUCGGAGGGGCGUCCGCAGCCGUGGGAGGAAGUCCCCGCUCUUCCUCUUCAUCCUCCAGGCCGCGCCUGCCGGACACGGACAGCUCUCGACACAGGCUCCUCUGUUCCUCUUCCCGACAGUGGCGGAAGCUCUCUCUAUGCCGAAUCACAGCCCCUCCUUGGAAAGUGACACAUGGAAUAAACUCCCAGGAAGCCCUACACUGAGUUCCCAGCUGCUCUCGGGGUGUCGUCGUCCACCUGCCGGGUCCCACGGUGGGGGGCCAGCAGGAGGAGCCCCGGCACCGAGAGCAGACCCUGGAGGUGCUAAGAGGUGCUUAGAUGAGGGCUGGCGCCCAGGCCAGCAGGGCCAUGCCGUGGCAGACAAAGCUCAGGACGUCAGAAACUCAGCCCGGACACCAAGGCAGAAACCAAACUUGGACCUUGCGCAGGCACAUGAGCACCCAGCAUCAGUCCCGGCCGGUGCCCCCUGUACCCUGUAUUUAUUCUUUUUAACAAUAACAAAAGCCAUUUAUUUAUUCCAUUUAGAAAGGAAACCUUGUUUCAGUCACCUCUCCCUGUUGCUUUUCUUCCAGCUGCCCCUCCCUGGGAUGUGUGUGCCUCACCUGUCCUUCUUGCUGGGCCGGGUCUGUGGUGUGUCCCCACGUGGCACAGGGUGUCUUUGUCCUUGACCUACAGUUUCCAGGGGGUUCUGCUACGAGUUCCCGAGCGGGCCCCCCCAGAGAGCAGUACCCUCACGUGCAAUAUGAGAGUCUCGGGGGACCUGUCUGCAUGGUCCAUGGCGCUCCUCGUGUCUCUCCAGGAGCCACUUACACCUGGGCUCAGCCAUCUUUGCAUGUGGUCUUAUUUCUUUAGUCUUCUAUGGCUUCUUGGUGUGGGUUUGCUUUUGCUUUCCCAGCUGAGGUUUUCCACGUGGCUCCUCAGAACUCCAGCUUCCCGGAGGACCACUCGAACCAAGAGGGAGGAGGAGUGGGUCUCCCUCCCUUGAGGAGCCAGGGGCAGGGUGGGGUAGGGGAGACCAGAGCUGAGUCGUGCCUCCCAGAAGCCAGUGCAGGUCUCUGCUGAGUGCCCGUGUCUGGGCUCUGGGAUGAAAUGGAGCAGCCCCAGUUCUUCACGACGCCCUGGAGCCAGAGGGGCAGGGUGGUGCGGGGCGGGGCAGCCAGCAAGAGAGGGGACAACCCUCCCUCCCCGCAACUCCCCCACGACACGUAGCAGACCCCAGCACCCUGCCGCAGCACUCUCCAUUUCUUUUGUCUUGAAGUCGACUCUCUUAGAAUCUGACUUCUGUUAUUUCUGUACAGGUACAAUAGAUGACUUUAUUUGUUUAAAAUGUUUAAUAUAUAUGCAUAUAUAUUUGUCCGUAAGAAUUAUGUUUUUAACAGCUGCUGUAGGGUACCUUUUUUUAAAAAAACAAAAAAGUCUUCCAGUGGAGUAUAUUUUUUAAACACAAAAUUGGUGCCAAGACUGGGUGAGGAAUGUAUAUUGCCCCCUUAUUAUUUCGAGGUUCUUUGUCGGGGGGCAUGGGGAACCUUACCUGUAAGACUUAAAGAUUUCCCUCACUCCUGUGUCAGGGUGGGUCCUGUUCUGAUGAAUGUUGCACACAAGAGUCUCCCUUACACGGAUCCCAGCCUGAUCGCCUUGACCCAGCCGUCUCCCACGGACGCGGGAUGAAUCGCCCAUCCUUCUGUCAUCCUUCUGCACUUCCUGCCCCCCAGCUCCCCACACCUCAACCCCACCCUUCUUUCCUCUCAGCCCAGAGCCUUGUGGCCUGUACAGUUUUGAAACUGCCAUUCUAUUUUAUGAUGGUUGAUAAUAGUAACCUAAUAAAGGAAAGUUUAUUAAAAUACAAA